CCCCUUUGCUCUUUUUCUCCCACUCUCUGCCCUGCUCUCCUCGCUCCCAUCUGCGCCCCUUCAUCGGCUGCCUGCCCUCAGCUAGAAAAGACCUUCCCUGAUGGAUGAUCUCGGAGAAGCAAAUGGCACUUUUGCCAUCAACUUACUAAAAAUGUUGGGUGAAAAGGACAACUCACAGAAUGUGUUCUUCUCUCCCCUGAGCAUCUCCUCUGCCCUGGCCAUGGUCUUCAUGGGGGCCAAAGGAGACACUGCAGCCCAGAUGUCGCAGGCCCUUUGUCUGGACAAAGGUGGCGAUGUCCACCAAGGUUUCCAGGCACUUCUCUCGGAUGUCAACAGAUCCGACACUCAGUACUUGCUCAGAACUGCCAACCGACUGUUUGGGGAAAAGACGUGUGAUUUCCUUCCGGCCUUUAAGGAGUCCUGCCAGAAGUUCUACCAGGCGGAGCUGGAGGAGCUGUCCUUUGCCAAGGACACCGAGGAAUGCAGGAAACACAUCAACGACUGGGUGACUAAAAAGACUGAAGGCAAGAUUUCCGAGAUCCUGGGUGUCGGCACGGUCGGUCCACUGACCAGGCUGGUUCUGGUGAACGCCAUCUACUUCAAAGGCAGGUGGAAGGAGCAGUUCGACACAAAGCACACCAGGGGGAUGCCCUUCAAAGCCAAGCAGGAAAAAAAGACAGUGCAGAUGAUGUUUAAGCAAGAUAAAUUUAAAAUGGGCUGUGUGGAGGAGGUGCACAGCCAGAUCCUGGAGCUGCCCUACGAGGGGCAGGAGCUGAGCAUGUUCAUCCUGCUGCCCGAGGAUGGCACUGAUCUCUCCGUGGUGGAGGAAGCGCUUACCUACGAGAAGCUCAGAGCCUGGACGGACCCAGAAAACAUGACUGAGAUUAAAGUUCAAGUUUUCCUCCCUCGGCUGAAGCUGGAGGAGAGCUACGAGUUGGAGUCCUUCCUUCGAGGUUUAGGAAUGAUCGAUGCUUUUGAGGAGGCCAAGGCAGACUUUUCCGGAAUGUCAACGAAGAAGAACGUGCCCGUGUCCAAGGUGGCGCACAAGUGCUUCGUGGAGGUCACGGAGGAGGGCACGGAGGCGGCCGCGGCCACGGCCGUGGUCAGGAAUUCCCGCUGCAGCAGGAUGGAGCCCAGGUUCUGCGCAGACCACCCCUUCCUUUUCUUCAUCAGGCACCACAGGACCAACAGCCUCUUGUUCUGCGGCAGGUUCUCUUCUCCAUAAGGGGGGCCAUUGCCUAGGGGCUCUCCUUGACCCUCUGCCAGCCUCGCCGCGGUUCACAUUCUGUAUGACCAAAAUAAAGCGUGUGCACCUAGGACGCCUGUGACUGUCUUUACCGAAUAUUCCACGGCCACUGAGAGUAACUGAGGCUUGAGGUGUGUGGCGUUUGGGAAGGAGAAGGGCGUGCUUGUUCGGGAAUGUUCAGGGAGCUCCUCCCUCUCACACUCUGCCCUCGCCUACCUGUCCGAGGACGGCCAGCUGUCCUCAAAGCCUGUGCCCAUAGUUUGUGGGCAUCUUUAAGAACUUGCCGUGGAUUGGCACAUCAGCAUGCCCUGCCAUCCUGCAGUGGUCUCAAAGACCGUUGAGGUGCCCACCACCGCUGGCAAGCU